AUGUUACCAUUAAACCAGCCUUUACCGCUCUCCACUGAGAUCACCAUGCAAUCCUUGAUGAAGGAAGCAUCCAAUUAUCUAGAUUCUGGUAGACUCAAGAUUUCCUAUGAACUGUACAUUGAAGCACUGCUAUCUGCCAUCAAAGAAUUCAAGCAGCUGGAAUUCAUUGAUCAACGUGUAGUCGUUGAGAACAACAACUUGGCCUCUGUAUUCACCUUGGCUCAUACAUGCUUGAGACAUGCUAAAACCAUCUCUUCCACCAAAACCACAAACAAGCAACAUCGUCCUCCAGUGCCACCAAAACCAUCCAACCUCAAAAUCACGUCUCCUCCUCCUCUGCCUGUCCGACCUGUCCUCAUGGCAAGAGCAAAGUCGAAGCCUGAAUUUGUAAAGAAUUACAGCAGCACAGCACAUCUGUAUACCGACGAGGAGGAUGAUGAGGAAGGGGAAGAAGAAGAAAAUGAUAUCGAUGACUAUUCGGAAUACGACGAUUCAGACGGCUAUGAAGAAGAGGAGGAGGAGGAAGAUCACAUCACUGUAAAUAACAAACUGAAAGCACAACAAACAAGAAAGGCCUCUGCUCCUUCACUCAAAAUACUCAGAGGAGGCAGCAGUAGCAGACCCAAAAUACCACGCAGAUCAUCCACGUCGAAUUUAGCAAGCACAUCUGCUCCAUCUUCCCCGCUCUCCACUGUCUCCAACCCGCUCAAUGCUGUUAAAUCCUUCUUGUCAUUACCAGGCUCAAUGGCAUCUCACACCUCCAGUCGAACUGGAAUGUAUUCCAUGGCCAUGGAUUCCGAUGGCAUAGCAAUACAAAGUGGCGAUGAUAUCUUUCUAUUGGCAAACAGUACCAUUGAUCCCCAUGUGUUGAUCACUGUGCAAACCAGCAACAGCGACAGUCUAUCCACAACCACUGGGAACAAUAACAGUUACUUACCCAUGAUUCCGCAAGCGCCUUUGGUGACAGUGUAUCAAUCACUUCAAAAGCAACUGGAGGAAGCACUCACACUGAAGAAACAGCAGCGUCAAGGAGAUGUUGUCUAUGCCAAUCAGCAAGUACUGGACAUACAGGCCUCGCUGAACAGAGUGCGUAAUAUACACAUGUCUGCCACCACAGUGCCAACCAUUCUUCAGUUUCAGCCGGUUUUGAUAGCCUAUCAACUCACACUGAUUGAUUCCACCAUCUUUCGCAACAUUCCAAUGGAUGCCAUCUUAUCCCAUGCGCCCAAAACACCGCACCCUUCCAUCGUAGCAUCCACAGACUUCUUCAACUACCUCACUCGUCUGAUUGAACAUGCCAUCUUAUUGCAGCAAGAUGCAUCUGGAAGAGCACAGCACAUCAAUCAUUGGAUCAAAGUCGCUGGUAAAUGCCAUGAGCUCAAGAAUUAUCAAACCCUGAAAGCAGUGAUAUCUGCCUUGGGAACACCGCCUAUUCAGCGCUUAAAGAGGUCUUGGCAAUUUAUACCGAAAAAGAGCCUGCAGCUGUUGGAGGACCUCAAUGAUUUCAUGUCGGAAGCCUCCAAUUACGGAAAAUACAGACAGCGUUUGGGAUUGUCUCAAUCUGGAACCCACGAGGAUGAAGUCAAGUACCGAGCAGGAGUAGGAGCAGGAGCAGAUCAGGAUGUACUCAAUCCACCUAUAGUGAAAAAGACCAGCACUCGAAAAAAUUCAUUCAGUGAACCCACAGUGCCAUUCCUGGGUCUCUUUAUACAUGACAUGACCUACCUAGUAGCAGCACUAUCCAAGAAGAAACAGCAACAACACAACAGUGAUUGGUCAGUUACUACGCCAACAAAUGCUACAGUAAACAGCAUACAGCAGGAUCCAAGAGUGUCCGAGCUUUUGAGAUUGUUUAAAAACUUGCAGAGAAGUCCUCCUUAUUCACCCAAUUUAUCUGCGUCCUGUAUCAAGGAUUUGACCAAGAACAGAAAGCGCAAAUUGUCACAUGCACUCACGCGAACAACAGCCAUGAAACGGGCUCCAGCUUAUCAUCAGGAUGACAGUGAUGGUGAACUUGGCAUCGAAAUGCAGCAGUGCCUGGUGACCCAAUAUUUGUUGACUCGAUCUUGGGUCAGUGAAAAGACGGUCGAUGAACUGAGUCUUGUUAGAGAACCUACCAAGAGGAGUGUGUCUGUGACAGACUCGCUAGCGAGCAGCCAUCAUCACCAUCAUGCAUCACAGCAUCAAGUGCCUCCACCACCUCCACCACUCAUGACCCAUUCUGUUAGUCUAACAACCCAUGACCAGCAACAACAGCAGCAAGGCGGAUUACGCAGUAGCUCGGGUAGCUUUACAAGUGGAGGCAGCAAUAGCUCUAAUAGUAGACCUAUCAGUCUAGAAGAUGAACAGCAUGAAAAUGAUGUGCUGGAUAGAAAGAAUACUGGAUUUUGGCUGUUUGGUAGAAAGAGUGCAGAUCAAGGCUAUCUCAAAGAAGCAUCUGCUUACGGAACAAUGCAGAGAUCACCCAGACACUUUUCGUUUGAGGAUUUGAAUGCUAAUGCGACCACCCGCAAACAGCCCUCUGCAGUAACAACCUUAGACGGCACCUGUCGUAUGCAUCGAGAAGGAUCUCAAGGGUCUUUGGCAUCCUCCAUAUUUCGAAAAGAGUUUUGGAAAGGCAGUAAUGGUAAUAACAACGAUAAACAGCAAUUGCAGCAAAGAGCGCCCUUGUUGAGUUUCCACAGCGAUCCUUCGUUUAUGCAGCAGAGAAAGGGCUCUUCUUCCAUGCUAGUUCAUCCCUCUCCUUCCACUUCUUCCUCUACGACUACGUCGGUGGCAAGCAAACCAAUGAAUAACAAGAAUCUCAGGCACGUAUUGUCUUCUCCUCAUCCAUUAGACUCGCCUUCAGCAACAGCAGCAUCAACAACAGCCACACCUUCAUCUGAAAUAUCUAGUUUUAGCUGGGAUUAG